ACCGGGCGGGGAUCGAUCUCCUGCUCUUCAUCCGCUUCGCCCUCCUUCACCGUUUCACUAUCACCGCCCGACUCCGUGUUUUCAACCUGUUUCAAACCUCAAAACCCUGAAAGCUCGUUCCCUGUGAGACAUGGCCGCCCAGUGUGUCACUAAGGUGGAGCUGACCGUGUCCUGCGAGCAUCUGCUGGACAAGGACAUCGGCUCCAAGUCGGACCCCCUGUGUGUCCUGAUGAUGAGCAGCUCGGACUCCAAGUGGUACGAGCUGGGACGCACGGAGCAGGUCCAGAACUGCCUCAGCCCGAAGUUUGCCAAAAAGUUUGUCGUCGACUACUACUUUGAAAUAGUGCAGAAGCUGAAGUUUGGCGUUUACGACAUCGACAACAAGACCAUUGACCUGAGUGACGAUGACUUCCUGGGGGAGCUGGAGUGCACCUUGGGCCAGGUUGUGUCCAGUAAAAAACUGACCCGGCCGCUCGUCUUGAAGAACAAGUCUCCUGCAGGAAAAGGGACCAUCACAAUAAAUGCAGAAGAAAUAAAGGACAACAGGGUGGCGAAUUUCGAGGUGCAAGCAAGGAAACUAGAUAACAAGGAUUUCUUUGGGAAGUCCGACCCGUACCUGGAGUUCUACAAGCAGACACCAACUGGAUGGCAGCUGGCUCACAGGACGGAGGUGGUGAAUAACAACUUGAAUCCUGCAUGGAAACCCUUUCGAAUCCCCCUGCAGUCUCUCUGUGGAGGAGAAAUGGACAAAUCCAUAAAAGUUGAGUGUUAUGACUAUGACAACGAUGGUUCUCAUGAUCUCAUUGGAGCCUUUGAGACCACGAUGACACGCCUCCAAGAAGCAACACAGUCUUCUCCGGCAGAGUUUGAUUGCAUAAACAGUAAGAAGAAACAGAAGAAGAAAGGCUACAAGAACUCUGGGGUUGUGAGCGUGAAGGUUUGCAAGGUGGUGAAGGAGUAUACGUUCCUGGAUUACAUCAUGGGAGGCUGUCAAAUAAACUUCACUGUGGCUAUCGACUUCACUGGCUCCAACGGGGAUCCCAGGUCUCCUGACUCUCUCCACUACAUCAGUCCUCAGGGAGUGAACGAGUACCUCUCUGCUAUCUGGUCCGUGGGCAACGUCAUCCAGGACUAUGACAGUGACAAGAUGUUUCCUGCCUUUGGCUUUGGAGCCCAGGUUCCUCCCACAUGGCAGGUUUCGCACCAGUUUCCUCUCAAUUUCAAACCAGAAAAUCCAUUUUGUGCAGGUGUUGAGGGGGUGGUGGAGGCCUACAGGGUCUGUCUGCCCCAGGUCAAACUCUACGGCCCCACCAACUUCUCCCCUAUCAUCAACCACGUGGCGUGCUUCGCUUCACAAGCCCUCCAGCAGACCACUGCAUCUCAAUACUUUGUUUUGCUCAUCAUCACUGACGGAGUGAUCACAGACAUGGACGACACCCGCAACGCCAUCGUCAACGCCUCUCGUCUGCCCAUGUCAAUCAUCAUUAUCGGAGUAGGGGGGGCGGACUUCAGAGCCAUGGAGUUCCUGGAUGGAGACGAUGGGCGCCUGCGUUCUCAGACUGGCGAGACGGCCAUGAGAGACAUUGUCCAGUUUGUGCCGUUCAGGCAGUUCCAAAAUGGUCCGAAAGAGGCGCUAGCCAAGAGUGUGUUGGCAGAAGUUCCAGGUCAGCUGGUGGAGUUUUUCAAAGUCAUGAAGCUGAGUCCACCCGUCUCCAAACCUGCACCAAACCCUGCACCGAAUCCUGCACCGAAUCCUGCACCAACCCCUGCAGGGACCAUCUGACCGUAUGGUGAGGAAACCAGAGACGGAGCAGUCCCCUCUCCAACAGAUGAAAAUCACAUCAUCAGCUUCAUCUCAUCAGGCAAUUAGGAAAAAACAGCCACUCCUUAAAUGACACACAUGCAUGCUUCGUGAACACUCCAAUCUCCUGACCAGUCUCUUCUUAAGGGGUCAUAAUACAUGUAGCUGUUAUUAGACAUUAACAUCCAUGUAUGUUCAUUUUUUAGCAUUUCUUUUCUCUUAAAAAAUAGAAAAUCAUUAUAUCAUUCCACCAAUUUCGAGGCGAUAAGCAGCGAAUUGAACAUUUGAAGAACUGUUUCUUGAAAAAAAAAGUAUGGAAUUAGUGAAGCCAUCAAAGUUUCUAUCGUAUUUACUAAAACCAGACUCUUUGCAGUCACAUGCUCGUUGGAAGGUCUUAUUUCCUGAUUUCUGUGCUCAUGUGCUUUGAAGUAAAAAUGCGAAGAAAACAAAAGCUUAAGAGCCUUUGAACAUGCCUUUGACACCUCUUUCCAAUAUCUACAUGCCGAAAAGAAAAAGAAUCAGGUGUGAGAAACACAUCAAAAUAAAAUUAUUUUCAUUAGUUAUAAGUGAUGACGUCAGCAUAUUGUGUAAAAAAAAAUGCCAACUUUCCGAGUUGUCCCCUGACUUGAGAUGACGUUUACAGGAAUUUUCCUAGUCGGUAACUGACUGUUCCGGCAUCGCAUGAACGCAAAAGCACAUUUUGUAAAAAGAUAUUGCAUAAACUCCACCCUGGGUUAUAAACUACCCUGCUGCUGGUUUUUAUGGCUUCAUAGGACUGUGCCAUUUAUAUUUUAUUUUUAAAUAUUAUGCCUAUUGGGCUGCAGUUUCCAGCUACAAACUUUCUGUUAAAGAGUCAGUAAGCAUAGAUAGGUCGCAGUUGUAGACGCAAAUUUUUUUACAUACAUACUUUAUGUAGCUUUGUAGUAUCUGCUGUAUUUGGCACAUGGAAUAUGUAUUUGCAUACAUGCCUCUUGCUGAAUAUGCUUACCUAUGCACUUACCCAUAAUAACAUGAUAUUCUACAAAGGUCUAGUACUUUACUCAGUGAAGAGUGUGAGUUGUAAACCUCGAGCUGUUAAACCUUUAAGUAUGAAUCUGAAACAUUUUGAGGACUGGGGAAGAAAGACCUCACGGUCAGGUACGACCGUUUAACGAUUUGAUUGAGUUCAGGUUUAGUGUCUUUUCAGGAAUCUGUCAGUUUACUAGAAACACAGUGUUAAAUAUGUGUGUGAUGUUUUUGGAGGCCUAGGUGCUGGUGAACACAAACUGAACAUCAGAACCUUAAAAGAGGAGUUUUUAUUACAGGACCGUUGGAUUGGUUUUAGUUGGGCCCUCCUAAUAAACUGACAUCUGAGUGUAUCAGUAUUAUGCAAGCUCACUGUAGAAAGUAGAUACAGUACAGUUUGACAUCCUUUCUAUGUCAUGUCCAUUGUGAUGUGAAUUAUUCUUGUCAUGAUAUAUACCAAGAACACGUAUGUGAUGUUUUGUGCUGAACAGAAAUGGAUCAUGUGCAUCGAGCUUCAAAUAAAGAUAUUCUUCUUCA